AUGUCGUUUUGGCCUUUAACCUCCAAAGCCCCAACACCCUUAUCUCGCCUCUUUAACCUUCUCCUCAUGGUCCUCUGCUUUCUCUGUAUAUUCUUCUUCAUUGCAUCUCUUUCCAUUCUCUAUAUUUCUUCUUCUUCUUCUUCUUCUUCGCUUAAAUCACUGUUAAGGCCUGCGACAUCACUACCCGCCAUCUCAACUCCAACCUCUCUCGACCAUAUCGUCUUCAGCAUUGCUUCCUCUGCCAAUUCCUGGCCUAAACGCAAGGACUAUGUACACCUGUGGUGGAAGCCACAUCAAAUGCGUGGCUGUGUAUUCCUUGACACAAUGCCAUCAGAGAAGAAUACUUCUAAUGAUAAGCUUCUUCCUCCUAUAUGCAUCUCUGAGGAUACAUCACAGUUCCGAUACACUAACAAGUAUGGGUAUCGAUCAGCAAUCCGUGGGGCACGGGUUGUGUUGGAGACUGUUGCUCUCAAUCACUCCAAUGUCCGAUGGUUUGUCUUUGGGGACGACGACACAGUGUUCUUUGCUGAUAAUUUGGUGAAGACAUUGUCGAAGUAUGACCAUAAUUUGUGGUUUUAUGUUGGGAGCAGUUCGGAGAGCUUCGAGCAGAAUUCUGAGAAUUUUUUCGAUAUGGCAUUUGGUGGUGGAGGUUUCGCAAUUAGCUAUCCUCUUGCAAGAAUUUUAGCAAACACUAUGGACUCAUGUUUGGUUCGGUACCCACAUCUCUUUGGAAGUGAUUCAAGGAUUUUCUCUUGCUUGACUGAGCUCGGCGUUGGAUUAACCCAUGAACCAGGGUUUCAUCAGGUUGACAUAAGAGGAGAUGCCUUUGGAUUGCUAGCAGCUCAUCCAUUAACACCAUUGUUGUCUCUUCACCAUUUUGAUUCUGUAGAGCCAAUCUUUCCCAACAUGACUCGUCUGCAAGCUUUACAAAACUUAUUUGAGGCCGUAAAAUUCGAUCCUGCAAGGGUUCUACAACGGACUGUUUGCUAUGAUCGUUGGUAUUCAUGGACCAUUUCCAUCUCAUGGGGAUAUGCUGUUCAGGUAAUUGAAGCCUAUAAGCUUCUUCCUGACCUUCUUCCUGUGGAGAAGACAUUUAAGCCAUGGAGGAUAAAAGAGAAAAUAUAUUCCAAUUUGUAUAAGUUUACCACCAGGGAGCUUCACAUAGACCCAUGUAACAGACCCACCAUUUUCUUUCUGGAAAGCAUAUCUUUUGAUGGAAAGAGGAUAAAGAGCAGUUACAGGAAAGUGAUUUCUGAAGAUUGCUUAAAGAGAAAGGGUCCAUGGAUCUUGAGAUUGGAAUAUAUCAGAGUGUUCUCAAAAAAGAUGGAUCUUGAUAUUAAACAGUUGCAGGCUCCAAGACGCCAUUGUUGUGAUGUCUUGUCUUCUUCCAAUCGCAGUGUGAUGGAUAUUGGUAUCAGAGAAUGCAGAGAGGAAGAACAAAUAUUCAUGCAUCUAUAGAAUUGCUUCAGAAUUAAUGAAUGCCCUUGAAGGUUGAACUGAAUACAUUGAAGGAAGCUGAUCAACAUGAACUUAAUAAGGUUUACAUUUCGAAAGAUGGGUUCAGAUUGAACUGGAGAUUGAUAGUCCUUGAUGAUUUUUGAAAUAACCAGUUUCUCU